AUGCUGAAUAAGACCAUGCAUAAACCCGACAAAUGGCGUCCACGUCGGAAACUUCUCACGCCCACAUUUCACUACGAGAUCCUCAAAGAUUUUGUCGAGGUCUACAACCGACACGGCCGAACGUUAUUGGGCAAAUUCCUGAAGCACGCUGAUGGUGGUCAAUACGAGGAUAUCUUUCAUACUGUCACCCUCUGCACACUGGAUGUGAUCUGCGAAGCUGCACUUGGCAUCUGUCUCGACGUCCAGAAAAAUCCUCACUCUCCCUAUUUGGAAUCUGUGUUCAAGAUGAAAGUCAUUAUUCAAAAACGAUUGGUCAAGCCUCAGUACUACCCAGAAUUCCUUUUCAACCUAAUUGGUGCCGGAAGAGGAGCAAGCGCGAUGUGUGAAAAUUCUGCACGAAUUCACUGGAAAUGUGAGCUACAAGUUUGUCGAACAUUUUUUAUGAGCUCUUUUAAAAAAAACCUGAAAUUGGGCUUGAGUUGA